CGACUUGCGAGGCCAGGCCGCCAAAUUUCAAGGCUCAAGGUCGCACACGCCUUGUGUUUCCGUGUUUGCCUUCCUUUCCUCCUCACUAUCGCAAUCACCACUCACACGACGGCAAUCAUGGGCAAGAAGAGCUCAACAGCAGAAACAAGCGCAAGCGUGUCGGCAGCGGCAUCAUCGUCGUCGUCAUCCCCAUCAUCCUCAUCAUCAGCCGCCCGCCUAGACCCCUCCCUCUUCCAUUCCUACUUCUCCCAACCACCCUCCGCCUCCGCGCCCAAAUCAAUUCUCAAGCCCGCCAGUAAGGGGAGGGAUGGGCGACCCAUGCGCCGUCUCAAGGAUGGACGGACAGUUGUGCGUGCGCUGGCGGGGCAGAAGGAGGACGAGGACGAUGAGACAGACAAGCUUGCUAGGCGAAGAGGGGAACGCUUCAUUGGGGAGAAGCUGGGGUUGCGAGGCGCGGCCGGCGGAGAGACGACGACGACGGCGGGGAAGGCACGCGCAGAGAAGCGUGAUGAGGACGAUCCUCUCGGGUUGGGAGAUCCUGCUUUCCUUCCUGGUGGGGAGUUUGCGCACCUAGUUGGAUUGACGGGCAAGGGCAAGAAGCGGACAAGGUCUUCGACGUCGUCGUGCAAGGCCAGGCGGGGGGUGAGUAAGUCGGAGCAGAGGCAGAGUGCUGCGAGAGGGACACUCCCCUUCAGUAGUGCACGGCCGGCCAUUUCCUUCAGCACGACGACCACGACGACGACGAGCUAGCAAGCAGCGUCACGCAAUCGAGUCAAACGGAUGUUAUUCACGGCCGCGCGCUCGAAUGGAUGGCA